AAAAAAAAAAAAAACAACUAUCCCUUCCUCGUUGUCUUCAGUCCCUGAGACACAAGCCAGAAACUUGGCCAACUACUAAGCCGUGCACCUGGCGCUGAGAUCCGAUCACCUGGGUGUGGAGCAUGUCCUGUGUGUGGAGGAUCGGGGACAGGCUGCAAGGGGUACCGGACCAGUGCUGGACAGCCGACACCAUAGACCGGGAGGAUUGAUUUCACUUGUUGUUCCGCCUGUGUGUGAUUGACUGCUGAGUGUGCAGGAGGGAGCAGAGGACAGCCCAGCAGCCAGUGUCACUCAGUCACUGAGACCUCUUCAACACACUGUCAGUGCUGCUCAUGUGGGACACUGCUAACUUUCCCAGUGCGCAGCCACUGAUUGCAUACAGACUACCUGUGCUUACCGACAUCUCCCUGGAUCACUCUGCUCACAUCUCUCUGGAUCAACUUACUCAGAUCUCUCUGGAUCAACUUACUCAGAUCUCCCCGGAUCACCCUGCUCACAUCUCCCCGGAUCACCCUGCUGAGGGCUCUUUAGAACAUUCCGACCAGACUACCUGUUCCUUCUAAAAUCUCCAGCUAAGUUUCCCGUGGAACCAGCAGGUGAUCGCAACCAAUCCCACUGAGGUCUCCCUGCAACAUUCUGACCCAGCAGGUGAUUGCAACCAGCCUACCACUGAGAUCUCGCUGGGAUAUCAGACCCCCUACUGAGAUCCUCCAGGAACAUUCCCUGUAACCUCUUGACCCAGCAAGUGAUUGCAACUAGCCUAUACCUAUUCAUACCGAGAUCUCCUUAGAACAUUCCGACCCCCCUACUGAGAUCCUCCGGGAACAACCUGCUGAGAUUUGCCUGGAACAUCCUGACCCAGCAGGUGUUUGCAACCAGCCUACCUAUUCCCACUACAGGAAACAACCUUCUGAGAUCCUCCUGAAACAUCCCAACUGAGAUCCUCCAGGAACAACCUGCUGAGAUCCACCUGGAACAACCUGCUGAGAUCCACCUGGAACAACCUGCUGAGAUCCACCUGGAACAACCUGCUGAGAUCCACCUGGAACAACCUGCUGAGAUCCACCUGGAACAACCUGCUGAGAUCCACCUGGAACAACCUGCUGACAUCUCCCUGGGACAAUUCGACCCAGCAGGUAUUUGCAACCAGCCUUUCUAAACCCCACUAAGAUCUCAUUGGAAUAACCCCCUGAGACAUUCCGACCCAGCAGGUGAUUGCAACCAGUCUAUCUGUCCUCCCUGUUUCACCUUGCUGACAUCUCCCUGAAACUUCCCAACCCCUACUGAUACUUUUCUAGAACAUCCACCCUCCUACUGAUAUCCCCACCUGCUGAGAUCUCCCUGAAAGCCAGUGAUUGCACCCAGCCUACCUGUUAGCACUGAGAUCUUCCUGGAAGGACCUCCUGAGAUCUUCCUGAAACCUCCCGACCCCAGCCAGUGAUUGCACCCAGUCUACCUCUUACCACUGAGAUCUCCCUGGAAGGACCUGCUGAGAUCUUCCUGGAACGCCCCAAGGAAUGCCACGCUGAACCCCCACGGAGCCCCAGUUUGGAGAGCGCCCUUUUCGGACUUGCUGGAGAUCAGACAGUUGGAGAUGUCUAAGCCGGUGGACCAUGUGAAGAGACCCAUGAAUGCCUUCAUGGUGUGGUCCAGAGCCCAGAGGAGGAAGAUGGCCCAGGAGAACCCUAAGAUGCACAACUCUGAGAUCAGCAAGCGCCUGGGUGCCGAGUGGAAGUUGCUGACCGAGUCGGAAAAGAGACCGUUCAUAGAUGAAGCCAAGCGACUGCGAGCAAUGCACAUGAAGGAGCACCCGGACUACAAAUACCGGCCCCGGAGGAAGCCCAAGACCCUACUGAAGAAGGACAAGUUCGCCUUCCCCAUGCCAUAUGGCCUGUCCGGGGAACACGAGGGGCUGAAGGCUGCCGCCCUACACGGGGCAGGGAUGCUGACUGACUCUUUUUUGGGCAAUCCGGAGAAAGCAGCAGCCGCGGCAGCUGCAGCAGCAGCCAGGGUCUUCUUUCCCCCCUCCGCGGCUGCUGCAGCGGCGGCCGCUGCGGCAGCCGGUAGCGCCUCCAAUCCCUAUUCCCUAUUUGAUCUGAGCUCCAAGAUGGCAGAGAUCACAUCCAGCUCUUCCGCCCUCUCUUACGCCUCUUCUCUGGGAUACCCCCAGUCCAGCGGAGGAGCUUUCCAAGCGGCUGCAGCAGCGGCGGCAGCUGCCAGCGGGGGGCACACUCAUUCCCACCCAUCCCCUGGGAAUCCUGGCUAUAUGAUCCCAUGUAACUGUACAGGCUGGCCCAGCCAUGGACUGCAACCACCACUAGCCUACAUCCUGUUCCCUGGCAUGGGCAAACCCCAAAUGGACCCUUACCCCGCCACAGCUUAUGCUGCCGCCUUAUGACACAACGGCAGCCCUUACAAGGGCUGUGCCACCUCAGCACGAGGCUAUAACUUCAUACUGGACACUGGGACUCAUCACUAGGGCAGGAUGCCCCUACUUGUUGUCACAUUUUGUCAUUUGAUGCUGUGAAAUCCAUUUAAAGUAUGGAAGUAUGUGAUAUUUAGUUGUCAUGCCACUGCUGCCCAUUGCACAGGUCAUGUUGUUGUUGAGAACACUGAUUAUAUCAAGGUCCCUCAGUGUGGAGGAACUUGUAGGAAGUCCCUCUUCUACUGAACUGGUGACCAGGAGAAGGUCAAACAAGGAACAUUUCAGAGAUGAAUCUCUUUCUGCACUUGUAAGAUGGAUACAUUCUAGGACAUGGAUGAACUGAUCUACCUGUAUCCUGCAUGCACUAAAGAUGGACAACUUAGUGGUCCUUCUAACACUCUUCUCCAUGGUGAUGGAAGAAGAAGUCCAGGGGUGUCCACACUCAAAAACUAUCCAUAGCCUGCUAGUACUCACGACCUGAUCUUUCCAUAGCAUCCAGGAAAUGGGGUUACUUUGGUCUGAUGAUGAUCACCAUCCACAUUACAAUCUGUCACAAUGCAGGGUCCAGGGUCUGUCUGAUUGGAACUAUGUACAUUGAAGAUGACAGUGAAAACUUGCUGCUCACUUACCCCAAGUUUAUCGAUAGAAAACAAAAAAAAGUGACAAUGUUUUAAAAAGAAAAUGAUUCCUUUCAAGCUAUUGCAGCUGUUAAAUGUAUAUUUAUUGUUUAGGAAAAUAUAAACUGUUUGCAAGGAAUAAUUUGCCCCAUCCCCUUCCUAAAAAAUGAUCCAAACUUGGAAUUGUCAUCAGAACUUUUUUUCCCCUUUAAAUAAUAAGUAUGGAUCUAAAAUAAUAAAUUAUCCUAGACUAAUGGUACCAACACAGAACAAAAAAAAAAUACUUUAUCAUAUAUAUUAGGACUUUAAGGGUACCCCCAAUAAAUGAGUACCUUAAAGUCCCAAUAUUUAUUUUUCCUUUGAUGGUCUACAUUUUACGCAUCAAACUGCGUCCAAUCACUGUUGAGUUCUUGGGAUAUUUUUUUUUUUUUUUUGUAAUGUGUACAUUUUGACUAAUAUUUGUGAAUGAAGCUGGCUAACAUGUAAUUAUUAGUUUUUAUUUUUUGGCUUUCUGUACUACAACGUAAAGAUAAAGAAACCAAUGGUUUUAACAAUUCAAUUUUUUUUAUGUGUUGUUUUGUCUGUAUCAGGCAUUGCUUUAAUAAUAUUAGAUGACUAAAAGAUCCUUUUUAUAGUACUCGAACAAAGACCUGAAAUAAAGCCCAUUAUAGCUAAAAAGGAAAAAAGAAAGAAAAAAAAUCUUCUAUUUCUUGUUGAGUAUACUAACAAGAUUUUUAUCUGAAUUGCCCUUACGUGCUUGGUCCAGGUGAAGUGUAACUUAUCCCCCAAAGGCUGCCUUUGUUUCCUUGUUGAAUGGAUUUACCAGGAAAUCUAAAUCAAGCCAUUGUUAUCCAGGGCCAAAAACCUGAUUUAUCACAUUUUUAAUCGUGAAUAGGAAAGAAGAUAAAAAAACAAGUCGUUGUAUUAUCUUUUCCUGAAAAAAAAAGGCAUUCAUGAUUGAGCAGAACAGAGCCCAUUGAGAAGACUUGAGCCUUGCAGACUAUUGUGAAGGUGUCCAGUAACAUUAAGAGGGGAAAGUUUCUUGGGUACUUUAUCUUGUUAGAAGAGCUUCCCAAUAAAACCCUUGUCAUUUCUUCAAAGGGACCUCAAUCUGUGGGGAUCAGACACAAUGCAGAUGGAUCGUGCCCUUCAAUACACGAUCGACAUGCAAAAAAAAAAAA